GCUCCUUAAAUGAAGUAUAUCUUUAAAAUUUGGUUAAUAGUUAACUCUGUAACGGUAUUUACAGUAUCGGGAUACCUGUGUAGUCGGAGAGUUCACCAUUGUUUGUAUGUGUUAGUCCGAUUGUGAUAUUAAAGGACAAGUUAGCACAACAACACAGUGUCUAAUAACGACAGUCUAACGUAACAUGGUGUCAGAAGUUCUUAACUGGUGGCCUCCAAGAUUUACUGGUUUGUAAAAGCGAAAUUUCAAGUCUAAACGAGCCGAAGUGUGUUCUUCCUACGAAUCGCACGUGGCCGGUCGUCACAGACCUUCGCAUCAAACUCGGACUAUCGUUGAAACUGGCACAAAUAAGCGGCCGAAAACAAGUAAGAUUGCGUUUAUCUACAUUAAUUGUAAAUAUAAGCUAUACUGACUUGCUUAUAUGACUGAAAACGAAAGUCAAGCGAGUACCAGUGAUACCGAUCCUUCUACCAGUCAACAAACAUAUACAAAUAUGUCUAUGCCUACGAACAUUCCUUUGCCGUCCAAACUAGAGGUGGCUGGGAAUCUAGCAAAAAAUUGGAAAAUAUUUAUUCGCGCUUGGCGAAACUAUGAAAUUGCGGCUAGAUUGAAAGAUCCAAUAAAGACUGAUGAAAAUAAACUUCUCCGAAUUGCCACAUUUUUGACGUGUCUAGACUCAGACGCAUUGGAUAUCUAUGAUGGUUUUAAGUUUGAAAGUGACGGUGAUAAAGAUGACAUUGACAMGGUUAUUACUAAAUUCGAAGAAUAUUGUAUUGGUCAAAGAAAUGAGACAUUUGAACGUUAUAAUUUCAAUAUGAGAGCUCAACAAGACGGUGAAACAGUGGAUGCUUAUGUYACAUCAUUGAAAACACUGGCCAAGACUUGCAAUUUUGGACAGUUGCAGAAUGACUUAUUACGAGACAGGAUUGUCAUUGGAAUCCGAGAUAAUAAUAUAAGGAAAAAGCUUCUCAAUAUGCCUAAGCUUACGCUGAAGGAAUGCAUUGAUAUAUGUCGCACACAUGAGUCUACUUCAAAACAGAUUAAAACGAUGACACAUCAAGAAGUGAGUGCAGUAUCUUCUAGAUCUCACAACCCUACAAAACAACAUAAUGCUGCUAAACAAAAGAAACCUGUACAAGUUGAUAAAUGCAAAGAAAUCCAGUGUAUUUUCUGUGCGAAGAAGCAUAUCAAAGAUAGAAAGCAAUGUCCAGCGUGGGGAAAAAAGUGUACCACGUGUCACAAAUCAAAUUACUUUGCAAUAGCCUGCAAAUCGGCUACUAAAUUCAAGACUGACAAAAAACAAGUCAGUAUGGUAGACCAAGAUAGCUGUGAUGAUGAUGAGGAUGAUUACAUAGCAACUCUUGACGAGAAGGCAUCAAUUGAUAUGUUAUCCCAGAAGUCUCAUGCAAAUAAAGUCUUUGUGACACUCACAGUAAACAGCAUUGAAGAACAUUUCCAACUGGAUAGUGGAGCAACCGUGAAUGUCAUGUCUGACGCUACACUCAACAGAUUAUGUGGAAAAACUGUUCAACUGGAUAGCUGUAAUACAACCCUUGUAAUGUACAACAAGUCUGAAGUGAAACCCCUGGGGAAGAARAAGCUGUGUGUUCUCAAUCCGAAGAACAACAUUAAGUAUACAGUCGAGUUUGUGAUCGUGAAAGGACGGUGCAAAUCUAUUCUAGGCUUGAAWACUUGCGAAGUGCUAGAAUUAUUGACGGUGAAUCGCCACAAUAUAUCUCUUGUUACUGCAGAAAAUGCAAACGUACAAGGUCUGUCAGCACAAGAUGUUAUCAACAACUACUCAGAUGUUUUUAAAGGUGAAGGAAAACUYCAAGSCCUGUUACAUCUAGAACUUGAUGAAUCAGUACAGCCUGUACAACURCCACCUAGACGUGUAGCCCUAUCAGAGAAAGAAAAGGUACAAGCAGAGUUACAACGACUAUCUAACUUCGAAAUCAUACCCAAAGUAGAAGAACCUACAGACUGGAUAAGUUCACUCGUCGUAACAACCAAACGCAAUGGAAAAGUUCGCCUAUUAUGUAUUGACCCCAAACCACUAAACAAUGCCUUGAAGCGAAAUCAUUACCCAUUACCCACCAUUGAGGAUGUCCUACCUUUGUUAUCUGGAGCACGUGUAUUUACAGUCUUAGACGCCAAAAACGGUUUCUGGCAUGUGCAGUUAGAUGACCAUAGCAGUUAUCUUACCACUUUUAGUAYACCUUGGGGCAGAUACCGUUGGCGAAGAAUGCCCUUUGGAAUYACAUCUGCGCCGGAAGAGUUUCAGAGAAAAAUGGACAUAGCACUUGAGGGACUUGAAGGUGCUAAAGCGAUAGCAGAUGACAUCCUAGUCUUUGGCACUGAUUCCACUGAUGAAGCAGCAGAAAAGAGUCAUGAUGAACGAUUUAAAGCUGUACUUGAAAGAUGUCGCCAGAAAGGUGUUUUAAAGGUGUGUUAAAAGCUAAACAGAGAGAA